AUGAGCGCCCUCGCAAGCCCUCGGACUUCCGUCCACAAGCACCGCGUCUUGCAUAGCGCAGCUGCCGGCAAUGGCGCUCGCAAGCAGAGCAACGGUGGCCCAGCAGACGUGAUUGCCGCGGUGCCGGGGCGGGAAACCAAUAAGUCCGCUGCCGAGGUAAUCGUGGAGCGCAUCCUGAAAGCUGCCGACCCGCAUGUGAUGUCCGUGCCGGUGUACUACGAUUACAAGAAGGAUGCACGCGUGUACAAGCCCUUCCCCAGUACGCGGCAGGUGUCAACCCUCUUCGCCAUGGAUGGUAACGCCAUCGCGAAGGACUCGCCUGAGGCUGUGCAGCAAGAGGAGGACCGUAAUCGCCGUAUCCGAGAGGUGGAGGUGGCCGCCGCAGCGGAGACUAACCCGGACUUGGUGGAUGAAGGCGUGUCCACGCGCAUACUCAAGAACCAGUUCAACUAUAGCGAACGCGGCAGCCAGACAGUGAACCAGCCGAUGAAGGAACGCGCCGUAAUGACGGACCCGCCGCCGUCGGCAUGCUUUCGAGGCCUGGCCACGGCGUGGGCCAUCUACGACGCCUAUGAGGAGGACCGCAUCCAGGCCGAGAAGGCCGCGGCGGCGCAGCGGCGUGCUGCCCAAGCUGCGCGGGCUGGCAAGGAGGAAGAGAGCGCAGUGACCUCCGCCACGGCCGCCGCAUCCAUACGCGAUGUGGCGGACAUCGCUCCGAAGGGCGUGACGGAGCUAAUGGCGUCGCCUGCAUUUCACAGUGCACUGCAGGUGAUGGAACGCAUGGUGAACCAGAACGACUGUCACGACAUCAUUGACGACUUCAAGUACUGGGAAGACCAGAGCGACCUCUACAAGGAGGACGGUACGCUGCUACCGCUGUGGCAAUUCUUCACUGAGAAGACACGCAAGAAGGCCGUCACCGCCAUCGCCCUCAACGGACGCUACGCGGAUCUCUUCGCAGUUGGCUAUGGCAGCUACGACUUUCUGAAGCCGUGCAAGGGCACGAUUCACUGCUUCACGCUCAAGAACGCGGUACCCACCGGCUCUGGGGCUCCUAUUCCGGCGCACCCGGAGUUCUCCUUUCACUUAGAUUGCGGUGUGCUCUGUCUCGCCUUCCACCCACGCGAACACUCGCUGCUCGCCUGCGGCCUCUACGACGGCAGCGUGUGCGUAUUCGAUAUGCGGGUGAGCUCCCACGACCCGGAGGGCACACGCUACGGUCGCCCGCUCUACCGCGCUAACGUGCGUACCGGUAAGCACAUGGACCCUGUGUGGCAGAUCAUGUGGAUGGAGAGCACGUUAGAGCUCUCCUUCUACUCCAUCAGCACCGAUGGCCGCGUGGCAAACUGGGUGCUGAGCAAGAAGGAACUAACGUCCCGCGAUGUGUUGAAACUUAGCACUGGCAUCUGCACCGCGGACCCAGAGCAGAUGCUACUGAGUGAGCUCGGCGGCAUGUCGUUCGACUACUCACCCACCCACGACAAGGCAGUCGUCGGCACGCAGGAGGGAAACUUGCUCUUGUGCACUGUCCACCACAAUGGGCAGUGUGUCGAGCGCUAUGAAGGGCACAGCAUGGCCGUGUACACGACGCUCUGGAGCCCAUUCCACCCGGACAUAUUUCUCACCUGCUCGGCAGACUGGACGGUCAAGCUCUGGAUGAAGGGCUCUCCGUCACCGUUGGCUGUGUUUGACCUCGGCGACGCCGUCGGCGAUGUUGCCUGGGCACCGUACAGCUCCACCGUGUUUGCUGCCGUCACCGCGGGUGGGAAGGUGUGGGUCUUUGACGUAGCACAGAACAAGACUGAACCUCUGUGUGCGCAGACAGUUGUGAAGAACGCGAAGCUGACUCACAUCGUCUUCAGUGAGGUGGACCCGGUGCUGUUAGUAGGUGACACUCGUGGCACCGUUCUGACACUCAAGUUGUCCCCUAACCUGCGCAAGGUGUCGAAGCCUGGCAAAGGUGAGCCGACGGAUGCGGCGCACAUAAAAAAGUUGGAGGUAGAGAAAUUGAAUCGCCUGGUAGAGGUCACCAUGAAGGACCGCGCGCUACUGGGCAUGUAG